AAAAUAUAGGCCUGCCGUUAAAAGGGCUCCCCAAGUCUUUCUGUUGCGUGAAUGGUUGUCUGUUUCUUGGUUUGAACUUAAAAUAAUUUAGAAAACAUUGGGUAGCAAUGCAUUGCUUUGGAGUACAGCUUGUUUUAUUUGUGUCCGCUACGUGCCAAUAGCGUUUCUUGUGACUUGGCCUAAUUUUGACUUUUAAUGGCAGAGUUGGCAGUGAUAAAGCAGAAUGGGGAAGAAAGACGCAUGUGCUGCAAGGUUGCCGGUUGAACAGUACCGCAAACAGAUCGGAAAACAAGAUUACAAGAAAACCAAAUCUGCUCUGCGAGCGACGAGAUUAAAAGCAGAGGCGAAGCGGAGUGCUCCGGGAAUUCGGGACACUGUUCUUGUCGUCGUCGCCAUCCUUGUCUUCCUCCUCAGCGUGUAUGCCUUUUUCUACCUCAAUCUGAGCACCGAGAUAGACCUGGACGUGGAUGUGGACUAGCAGACCAGCUCCUUGGUGAAUGUUCACUUGGGGGAAGACUUGGAGCACAGCAGGACAUGAGAGCCUCCCCCCUUCACACCCCCUGUCCGUCCACCUGAUUGGCCCCAUCGUGCAGUGUUUGUAUUCCACGUGCCCCACCCCCUGCAACGGGUCACAUGGUGCUCCACUCUGGACAGCUCCACCCUCAAAAGAAAGCUUGAUAAAAAUGGAAGAGGAAAUUGGAUGAUCUGAAUUUUGCUAUCAGUACAUAAGAGGUACUGUACAUUCCACCUGCUUAUGCAUGGCCCUGUGGCUAUUACAAAAAAUUUGGGGUGGUGUUUUUUUGUAUAUAUUUUGCUUGAAUUGAAAUGGUGUCUUUUAGUUUAAUUUGUUUUGUUUCAAGUCUUACGUUCUGGUCGAGAGAAAACAUGACCAGACUGCACUCUGAACAUAACAAGGCGAUUCAUUGCAGUACAUCCGCUUGAUACAUGGCAAGGAAAGUACUUGGACCAACAGAGUUAUUGUCCUUUUCUUUUCAGUGAAACCUGGUUAGAGGAAGCUGUAUUUAUCAGAGAUCAUUAUUGUGGAAUCACGGCGUUCUUUUCCUGACUAAUAGCAAUAUGUAAAUCUUUUGAGAGAAAGAUAAUCAGCACACACACUCACCCAAGCCCCCCCCCCCCAUGCAUUCCACCACAAAGACUUGUGCCCACAUUUUCAGGGAUCACGAUUGUGAGGAUUAGACGUGUAAUUCCUCUCUUGAUUGAGUGUGUGUCCGGAAUACAAAACCCCACAUUUCAUCCGCAUCUGAGUGUAUCCAUCAGAUCUACGACUGACACAAUCUGCCUGUAUUUCUGUUUGAGUAAAUGAGGGAAAAUAUACACAAUAACGCAAUAAUCAAUACACAAUAAUCAAUAUUCAGUUUUGCAAUAAAGAACGCGAUGCACUAUAAAUUACUGUACAUUUUAUAAAAGCUCAUUGUACAAAAAAAUCAUGAAGGAUUGAUCAUUCUUGCCUAUUGUGUCCUUGUCGUCCAUUUUCCAAGUUAUAGGAAAUAAAAAUUAUGGCCUUCCAUGACUUCCUGCCCUCCAUAAUGGCAGCUAAAGAAGUUACCUUUUCUUUAUGCAUCAGCGAUAAAUGAGAAUGCUCAGCAAGGUCCCAGCAUAACCAGGAACAUUAGUCUUUGUAUAAUGUGUACUGGACCAAGUGUAAAUAUAAUUACUUUUUCUAUUCCAGACAGAGUUGUUUUAAAUCCGCCAGAGCGGUGUGUGUUCCCUUGCAUGCAGAUCGCUAAGCCAAAGCCAUAUGUAAAUCACUUAAGGUCAUAUAUGGAGAUAAAACCAUCUGUCACCACACAGUGUCUUCUGCAAGAAAUAAAAAUUGAGAUGGUAUUUUAUUACCAUUUUGUUUUUGUUUUUUUAAUAAGGACAUAAGUUAAAGUAAACAUGUCCUACUACUGCUAUUUAGAUCAUAGUCAUGCAUUUAGCGUGAUUAUAAUUUCAUUGUGUGAGAAAUGGCUGUUUUUUCUGGUGUGUCCUGUAUUCUGUAUUACAGGUUUUGAUUUAGAAUAGCAUUUCUUGGAGAUUGAUAAGACCUUUUAGACACUGUACAAAAUAAAUUUCAUUCAGUUUGCACCCUAUGAGAGUAAAGAAUUUAGUGAAAAUAAAAAAAACUGUGAUCCUCCUAA